GUCAUGGUAGUCGUUCUUACAAAAUGUUUGUCAAAGUAUUGCAGCCCUGCUCGCAACAAUUUAGUUUAAAUUCUUCUGAGUUUUGCCUCGCUCUUCGAUCAGCAUACUAGCCAGUAAACAACAAACGUUUCCAAGAAUGGUUGAUCCGAAUCGCAAAAUAAACCGACUCUCGGACAGAGAUGUUAAAUUUUUGGAUGAAUGCGAAUCGGAAUUUGCAUCACGCUACACAACAGACGAUGCCGAAUUUAUGGCACAUUGUUCUAAGCCAGAGCCGGAGCCGCCGCUGGUUGAUAAUUGGAUGAGCGGCGGUGGUGGCGGUGGAGGAGGCAGUGGUGGAGGUGCUGAUGAUGGCUAUACAAGUCCUUUUAAUAAUCGUUACAAUGGCGGACAGCGCAGAGGAGGCGGCGAUCGUGGCUGGCAAAGACGCGGUGGCGGUUACAAUAAUCACAACAGCAAUAACGAACGCGGCUUCAGAGAUCAACGCCGCAAUAGAUAUGAGGCUCGUGGUGGUGGCGGCGGCGGCGGGGGAGGAGACAGGACUUUAGAACGUUCUUAUCAGCACAGGAGCCGCAAUGAGUCACCGCAGGGCGGUUCGCCUAUGCACGUCAGGCGCGACUAUGGCAACUUUGUGCCGGCAUCCAAAGAUUAGCGUUUAGCUUAGCCUGUUUCAUUUGUCAUUAUAACGCAUUCACACACAUACACCCACACACAUAUGUACAUGUAUAUAGAGAUGUAUAUUUCGAUUUGAAUGUUAAGCCCAUAAUGCGAUUGUAAUCUUAAAUGCUAAA